AUGAUUCCUUCCAUUCUGUUGACUCUUGCUGGGGUUAGCUUUGCUGCCCUUGAGCCUCGGCAGGUUAUACACGAGGCGAGAGAACAGCCUUCGUUCAUAUCGUCGCGCGAUCUCGUCCAUGCUAAGACGGAGCCUUGCAAAUUUUUGAGCCAGACUUACGAGGAGUCAAAUUCCGAGCCUGGGGCUUCCGUUAUCCUAGCUGUCCCCCCUUCCAUCGCCAUCGCUUGUCUAAAGUCAGUUCCUCUAGAUAAGGAACGAGAUCUGGAGUUGCUCGAUUACUUGGAGCCUUUGGUUGGGUUCCAGAGUACUCUUGAAAUCCUUGCUGAUCCACCGAAAGAGUAUCUGUUUCCCGGCGUGGAUGUCCUAGGUGGCUUCGACACCGUCCGGAGUAGGCUGGAGAGAAACAAGUACAAGACACAAUAUGAGGUCAUGACAGACCUGCGAAGCAUCUUCGCUGCUGCGUACGAUGGUCACUUUGACUACCCCCCAGCCCUCCUCAACGCCUUCAUUUACAUCCGCCGAGAUCUCGAGUUCGAGUCUGUGUCAGUCGACGGUAUUCGUCUACCGUACAUCUUCCACGCCAUUGAUACCCGCCGCGGUAACCAAGGGUUGCUCAGUUAUAGACCUUCGGCAGUCAAGAGCAUCGACGGCACCCCCAUUAUCGAGUGGCUCGAGAACGACGCUGCUCUCUCGGUAGCCGGCGCACAAGAUCCUGAUGCUCAGUACAAUAGUCUCUUUGCGUCGCUUCCUCGUGGUGCUGUUGGUCAGGCAGGCAACACACUCUUUUCUCAGUUCGAGAUCCCAGAUACGUAUACCAUUGAGUUCCACAAUGGCAGUACAUGGGAGGUUGCCAACGAGAUUCUCGUUCCGCCUACCGUUGACUUGUCUGGUAUUGAGUCUGGAGAGGAUUUUCAUCAGUACAUCGAAAUCGCUCCUGCCAACACGACCUCCAAAAAGUCUUCUGACCACGAACGUCGGUCUAUGAGAGAGACUCAGUCCAAGCCUAUUGCCGGAUAUCCCAGACCUGUCGUCAAGCACUCGGACAAUUCAGUCGCCGGAUACUUUCUACCUGGCAAGGACUAUGAAGACACUGCCGUUUUAUCCAUACUGAGCUUCCUCCCUGUUGGAAUCGAUCUUACCAACCUGGGCACUGACUUUGAUAUGUCCAAGUUCAUUCUUGAAGGACAAGCUGUUGUGCUUAAGCUUAUCAAACAAGCCAAAGCGGCUGGUCGAGAUAAGCUGAUCAUCGACAUGUCUGCUAACGGUGGCGGCUCGGUCAUUCUGGCCCACUCCAUCUAUCGUCUGUUGUUUCCCGAUGGAAAAUUUACCAGUUGGGAUCGCUAUCGUGCGAAUGCUGUACUCGAGGCAACUGCCGAAGCCGAUUAUGACAAUCUCGUCCAGGCCCUGAUCACAAGAUCCCAACACUACCCUAUCAGCCCUAAGAACAUGUCCAUCGAGACUGGCAAAGAGUUCUAUGGCCCCUACACUGUCAAAGGCCAGAACGUGACUGCAGCCUUUCAGACUGACAAGACCAUUCCUUGGGACCCCAGCAUUCCGGCUUAUUUCAACGGCUUCGACCCUGAGAUGGAGCCUCUGGUGGAAGAAGCUCCCUGGAAGCCUGAAAACAUCAUCAUCGUCACCGACGGUAUUUGCGCUUCAGCAUGUGGUCUCCUGACAGGUCUUCUCACUCGGAACCACGGUAUCCGCACGCUUGCUCUGGGAGGUCGUCCUCUGAACCAGGCCAUGCAAGCUAUGGGUGGUGUAAAAGGCACACUGCUCAACUUCAACUCCGAGAUCGUUACAGCAAUUGCAGAAGUCCGCAGCAGCGCAGGAUCAGACAAGAAAAAGCUCUCGAUCCUCAGUGACGCAUCUGUAUCCUUCCCCAGCAUGCAGGACCCCCCUCUUUUGCCUCUUACUACCAGCGGUGUUGGCAGGGUCAAUGCCCUAAAUGGAUACACUGAAGAUGAUCUCGAGGGGUAUCCGGUGCACUUUCGGUACGAAGCAGCUAACUGUCGUCUGUUUUACACACAGCUCAUGUUGGCAUCUCCGAUUGAGGCAUGGAGACGUGCGCGAGGCGUGGCGUGGAAUGGUGAGUCUUGUGUGCAGGGCUCAACAACGAAUCAGAAUGGGAAGAUUGGUGACAAGACUGUCAAGUAUGAUUCUAGUGUUCGAAGUCGCGCGAUUGGUAUCACGGGACCUGGUUCAUUGAAGAAGUGA